AUGCGGCCCAACAUCAUCUUCAUCAUGGCCGACGACCAUGCAGCCAAAGCAAUCAGCUGCUACGGAGCCGACCUAAACCAAACCCCAAAUCUCGAUCGAAUCGCGACAGAAGGGAUGCGCUUCAAUCAUUGCUACGUAACCAAUUCCAUCUGUACACCAAGUCGCGCCACAAUCCUCACGGGAACACACAACCACGUAAACGGGGUGCGAACGCUGGCCAGCGUGCUCGACAACCGCUUACCGAACGUAGCGAAACAGCUAAGGGUAGCUGGAGGGUAUCAAACAGCUCUGGUCGGAAAAUGGCAUCUGGGGGAAGGCAAAGCACAUGAGCCGACGGGAUUCGACUAUUGGAGUGUUUUGCCAGGUCAGGGCGACUAUCAUGAUCCAAAGAUGAUUGAAAUGGGAACCCCUGUCGCUGAACAGGGUUAUGCGACGGAUAUCAUCACGGAUAAAAGCAUUGAAUGGAUUAAGCGAAGGGAUCCGUCGGGACCAUUCUUUCUUAUGUGUCAUCAUAAAGCUCCACAUCGAUCUUGGGAAUAUCAUCCGAAGCAUAAGGGGCUAUAUCAGGACGACAUUAAAAUACCAGAUACUUUUACAGAUGACUACAAGAACCGCGCACGAGCAGCGGCGGUGACCAAGAUGCGUGUCGCCGAUGAUUUGACAUACAAAGAUUUGAGUCUCGUGCAACCCGAAGGAGGAAAUGAAGUUGGAGAACCCCUAUUCCCAGGAUCCCGAGAACGCAAAAUCCCCAACCCAGCGGAUGUAACGGGGCUUAUCCUGCUAGAUCGUGAAACUGGAGCCAAGUAUACCUUUGAGACUUCACAGCAGCUAGCAGAAUUCAAAUUUCAGAGGUAUAUGAAACGAUACCUUCGAACAAUCGCCUCUAUCGACGAGAACGUCGGUCGAAUGUUGGAUUUCCUGGAUGUCGAAGACUUAACAAACGAUACCGUGGUCAUUUAUACCUCGGACCAGGGCUUCUUUCUAGGUGAGCACGGCUUCUUCGAUAAGCGAUUCAUGUAUGAGGAAUCAUUCCAGAUGCCGUUCCUGAUUCGCUACCCACGAGAAAUACCCGCUGGAAGGGUUAACGACAAAGACAUCAUUUCGAAUGUGGGUUUCGCACCUACUUUCUUGCAUCUAGCUUCCCUUGGGGUUCCGACGUAUAUGCAGGGGGUUUCAUUCCGGCCGUUGUUACAGGGUUGCACGCCUAGCGAUUGGCAACAGGUGGCUUAUCAUCGGUACUGGAUGCAUAAAGACUGUUUCUCUAAUGCGUAUGCUCAUUACGGGAUUCGUGAUCAAAGAUACAAGCUCAUUUACUGGUACAACGAAGGCUUGGGUUUAGAAGGAACGCAACCUGGUGGCGAGGAAAAGGAAUGGGAAUUGUUCGAUUGUGAGGAAGAUCCGUUGGAGCUCUUUAAUUCUUAUGAUGAUCCAAGAUAUGCGGAUGUCGUACGAUUGAUGACCGAGAAGCUUAAUCGGAAGAUGCUUGAGAUUGGUGAUGAGCCUUUGCACAUGCAUGAGUUGACUACAACAGUCAAUGGUAUGGGCGUCAAGACGCUCAAAGAUAUGGUAUCGACGAGGAACUACUAA